AUGAGUCUGUGCGUUGUCUCCGAGAGCGUACCGAAUACACCUGCGCUCCGCGGAGUAUGUGUCGAUGCAGAUACUCCGACAGUCCAAGAAGAAGCCGAUGAAAGUAGGAAAGAUCGACGCCACCACCAUCACCACGUCAAGAAAGUCAAGAAAAUUGCCAUCCCCGUGCCUGUGGAAGUACCGCACUUCAUUCCAGUUCCUGUCAGUGUCCCGUCCACGGUAGUUGCGAGCUCUGAUACUACUGCUGUUGUUGGCACCUCCACCAACGUCGCGUCGACCACUGUCGCUUCGACCAACGUUGCUACAACAGGUGCUGCUACUGGUGCCAUUGGGUCAGCGGGUGCAGGAGCUGCCACAUCAACAAGAACAGGAGCUGUCACGCCAGCCCCAACGACUGCUAAUGCAAGCCCAGCCGCAACUCCUGCAGCAACCAUGACCUCGCAAUCGAGAGCUACCCCGGCACCAACGAGAUCUGCCAGCAGCGCGGGUAUUCCGUCUUUAGCACAACAACCACGAGGUGUCGCUCAGCCUCGUGGAGGAUAA